AUGUCUGGCAUCGAAGUAGCCGGCCUGGUAUUCGGCAUUGUGCCCGUUGUUGUUGAGAUCUUGAAAUCGUACAGUGUCGCUAAAGACCGCCUAAAGUCCGUUGCACACCAUGCCCAAGUGGUAUACGACGUGCAGCUGCGAUAUCGGGUCGCCGCUACCAACUUCGGGAACGACUGCCAGCUGCUACUCAGGACCAUCAUCGAAGAUCCUCGCGAGCUUUCCCAGAUGAUUGAUGACCCCAAACACUGCGCCUGGGAAGACCCAGCUCUCGACGAGCGACUCCGCCAGUUUCUGGGGCGAGAUUGUGAGGUUUUCGAAAGGGUGGUGGUGAGGAUCCGAGAUGUGCUGCGAGACACGGGUGCACGACUCGCACGGCUCAGCCAAGACCUGUCUGCGGUGCAGAACGACUCGAGAUUGACACUUAAGCGGCUGUACACGGCUUUUGACAUCUCCAGUAAAGAAAAUGCCUACCGUAGAUCUCUCGAUGAUUUGGACCAAUGGAACACCAAACUUGGUCGACUGCGCGCUCAGCGAUGCAAACUUCAGAAGAAACGCAGCUGUCACCUCGAUGGUCUUAUUCGCAAAAGCGUACCAAAGCGAUAUAUGGAUAUUCACACGGCCUCUCAGAAGUUACACGACUCGCUUAGGGAUUCCUGGUCUUGCACAAAUAUUUCACACGUCGGGCAUCAGGCGAAGCUGUCUCUCGAUGCAGAGGCAGAACAGGGAACAGCAAGGCUGGAUAUGGUCAUCACCUGCCGUCGGAAAGAGACUCUGGAGGGAUUGGAACGGCAUUUCACCAUACCGGCAGAAUCUCCAAUCUGGUUGCAGGUCCGAUCUAUCACCACCAAUGAGCCUGCUUCACGCAAUGCACCUAAAUCACCAUCAACUUUAACCAACUUGUCAGGCUCACUGCAAAAGCCAUCCAUCAUUUCAACAGCGGUCAAUCCCAUUUCUGGGUCAAGUUCUGUUGUCCAGAAAGUAAAGAAAACCCUCAAACGGGUGCGCUUUGACGGAUCAACUACUCACAACAGUCCCCCAAACAGCCCACCUCACAAAACCACUGUAUCAAGCCAAUCCAAACAGAACUCCACCAUCACCUUUGCGAUGAUGAACUUGAGAACCACAGCUAGUGUAUGUUGCCAUUUGAGCAAAGCAUGCCAGGGGCCACCCUGCAAAGACAUUUCCUUAGGGUAUCUAGAGUUCACUGAGGCUCCUCAGUCUUUCAGGUUCAUCUUCUACGAUGCGGGCCGCAACACCGAAGCCAACACGAGCAAGACUUUCCCCGGGAAAAUGUCAUAUCCCAUUCGGACGGAACUUGCCAAGCUGCAAACUCUUCAUCAGCUAACGCUGGCCCACAAACUUGCUACAGCGGUUUUGCAGUAUCACACUACAUCGUGGCUGUCUCAAGACUGGAGUCUUGAAGAUAUCUCGUACUUUGCCGAUACGGCCCCAGGCACCAUAGCCAAGCCAUGUGCAACAGAAGACAAACUCAUUAAGGAUCUGCAGACAUUACACUUGAGCGCACAAUUUCCAUCGGAAUCUGCUCUUUCGCAACUUCGUCCUGGUAGCGACCCGGAUGAGCUGAGUUACAUGUAUGGUAUCCGCAAUCUUACACUCGCUAGACUAGGAGUCGCACUCCUUGAGAUCGCCUCCAAGGAAGACCUCGCUAGCAGUGACCUUGAUCAGUCAAUGACGGUUCCUCACCGCAUCAUUAGUGCUCGCAAGAUGCUUCGAGAGGAGCCUCCCUCAUCCUCCCUAUCAAUGCUCGGAAAGAGGUACAUCAAGAUGGCUCGCAAGUGUAUCGACUGCGACUUUUCGUCCGGUGAGGACCUUAAGAACGAGGCGUUACGGAGCGCGGUUUAUACUGAAGUGAUCUGUGCCCUGGAGGAUAUGAUUACUGAUUGGAAAAAGUUCAUGGCUUGA